AGCUUGAAGACCAUCCUCUAUUACGUGGUGGGAAGACACUCUCGCAUGCAGACCACAGCAGCAAUUGUGCUUUCAGGAUGAUUUUGUUCUGCCAGGCAGCUUAUCUCAUCUCCUUAUUUGCUACAAUUUCCUGCGAAUGCCUGACUCAGCGCUAUAAGAAUACCUUCUUCCGGGGUGGGGAUAUCACCUCCAUGUAUACUCCAAAUGACAAGCACUGUCAGAUGAUGUGCACCUUCCAUCCCAGGUGUUUGCUGUUCAGUUUUCUUCCUGCAAGCUCAACUACUAACACACAGAAAAGGUUUGGUUGCUUCUUGAAAGAAAGUGUAACAGGGAUUCUUCCGAGAGUGCCAAAGCCCGGGGCAAUCUCUGGGCACUCCCUCAAGCACUGUGGCCGGCAAAUCACUGCUUGCUAUGGAGAGGUUCAUAAUGGAAUCGAUAUGAAGGGAGUCAACCUGAAUGUGUCUAAAGUUAGCAGUGUUGGCGAAUGCCAGAAGAGCUGUACCAAUAACAUUCACUGCCAUUUUUUCACGUAUGCCACGGCAUCGUUCCACAACGCAGACUUCCGGAACAACUGUUUAUUAAAGACUAGUCCAAGAGGAACACCUACCAGUAUAAAUAUGCUGGAUAACGUGAUAUCUGGAUUCUCGCUGAAGCCCUGUGCACGCUCAGAACUAGGUUGCCGCAUGAACAUUUUCCAACACCUUGCAUUUUCCGAUGUGGAUGUUGCCCAAGUUGUCACUCCAGACCCAUUUGUAUGUCAGACCAUUUGUACCUAUCAUCCCAAGUGCUUCUUCUUUACAUUCUAUACAAAUACCUGGAAUGUACAAUCACAAAGAAAUGUUUGCUUCCUUAAGACUUCCAGAAGUGGGACACCGACUUUCUCUACUCCACAGCCAAACGCCACAUCUGGAUACAGCAUUUUAACCUGCAAAAGACAUUUGCCUGAACUCUGCCACUCUAACAUCUACGCCGCAGUUGAUUUCGGAGGGGAAGAGUUGAAUGUGACCUUCGUUAAAGAUGUGAAUGUUUGCCAGGAGACUUGUACCAAGAUGGCUCGCUGUCAGUUUUUCACUUAUUCUCUACUCCCGAAAGACUGUCAAGGCGAGAAGUGUAAGUGUUCUUUAAAAUUAUCUGUGGAUGGUUCUCCAACCGCGAUUACACACGGAACAAAGGGGAGCUCUGGCUAUUCUUUGAGACUUUGUAAAACCGUGAACCACUCUGUCUGUACAACAAAUGCAAAUGCACGCAUCGUUGGAGGAACCGACUCUACCUGGGGAGAAUGGCCCUGGCAGGUCAGUUUGCAGGCGACACUGAAAACCCAGAGCCACCUAUGUGGAGGGUCCAUCAUUGGACAGCAUUGGAUCCUGACGGCUGCCCAUUGCUUUGAUGGGCUUUCCUCACCAGACAUUUGGCGUGUUUAUGGCGGCCUUUUAAACCUAUCUGAGAUAACAAAAGAAACACCUUUCUCACAAGUAAAAGAGAUUCUUAUUCACGAACAUUAUAAAAUCUCAGAAGGUGAUCAUGAUAUUGCCUUAGUAAAACUCGAAACUCCUUUGAAUUAUACUGAAUUCCAGAAACCAAUAUGCUUGCCUUCCAAAGAUGAUAUAUACACAUUUUAUACCAAUUGCUGGAUCACUGGUUGGGGUUUCACCAAAGAACAAGGAGAAAUCCAAAGUAUUCUGCAAAAAGCAAAAAUCCCUUUGGUAUCCAAUGAAGAAUGCCAGACAAGAUACAGAGAUUAUGAAAUAACCAAGCAGAUGAUCUGCGCUGGCUACAAGGAAGGAGGAACAGAUGCUUGUAAGGGAGAUUCAGGUGGCCCCCUAGUGUGUAAACACACUGGGAUCUGGCAUUUAGUGGGCAUCACCAGUUGGGGUGGAGGCUGUGCCCGCAAGGAGCAGCCAGGUGUCUAUACCAAAGUGGCUGAGUAUCUGGACUGGAUUCUAGAGAAAACACGAAAGAUGCCGGACACUCUUCGGUGAGGUCACCAGCGCGGUGGCGGUGAAGAGCCAAGUCUUCAGUGCAAGUUAUAUAACAGAGACAUAGAAACUGCGUUCAAUUGAAAUACUGAGCUUCGGUAGCCUCAAGUGUAAAAGGCUAAAAUGAGACCAUGUACACACAGCUACCGAGGUUAGUGCCCACGCCUGCCGUACUUUCAGUGUUUAAUGACUGGGAGGUGGCAAUGAGAAAUAAUGGCUGAAGAUCUUCUCCACCACUAUUUGUUAUGAAAUAAAAUGAUAACGUAGCAUGA